GCACGUACCGUCCAAUACGUUGCGCGAGGCCCUUGUCCCCGCGAAACGUGCGCGAUACAUACGCACGAGGUGAAAUAUUUUUCGGUUUUAUAUUACCUGUUGUAUUUAAUUUUUGUUUUCGAUCUUUUCGUCACCACCAGACAGGUUACGUUCAUGUUAUUGUAAAAUAUUAUAUAUAUAUACACGUAUCUGCGCACUGAUUACUGUACUACUCCACUACGAUGUCGACGAGCUACCCCGCCGUACACGUACCCAUCGUGAAAACCAGGAGAGCAGAUAACGCGGGGUUCUUCUUCGACAGCCGUCCGUCUUCCAUCUACGGCUCAUCAAAUCCUCUUACUGGAUUUAAAACCUACGGAUUUUAUAAACCCAUAGACAGAUUAAUGAGAUAUGAUGGAAUCACUACUGGAGUACCUAGGUACCACCCGGGCUUAUCCAUUUUUAAGAUUGGUGAACGCGGUUCCGGUUUUCGACCGAGAGCUGGAGAGGUUCAGGACUUUGAAGUACUCCGAGAUCAAUGUCUACAACAAGGAGCACUUUUUGAAGAUCCAGAUUUUGAUACGGUCGAUUCAUCGUUGUUUUAUAGCAAAGCACCGGAUAAGUCAUUUAAAUGGCUGAGACCAAAUGAAAUCGCCAGCAACCCUCAGUUAUUUAUCGAAGGAGCUUCAAGAUUUGACGUACAGCAAGGAGAAUUGGGUGACUGUUGGUUGUUAGCUGCUGUGGCCAAUUUGACUUUGAACGAAAAACUUUUCUAUCAGGUUGUGCCAAAUGAUCAAGGAUUUGAGGACAAAUACGCUGGUAUAUUUCACUUCAGAUUUUGGCAGUAUGGUAGAUGGGUUGAUGUAGUUGUAGAUGAUCGUUUACCAACCUAUCAUGGAAAAUUAAUAUUUCUUCAUUCUGCUACCGAAAAUGAAUUUUGGAGUGCACUUUUAGAGAAAGCCUACGCCAAAAUUCAUGGAUCAUAUGAAGCAUUAAAAGGUGGCAGUACAUGUGAGGCUAUGGAAGAUUUUACUGGUGGUGUGUCAGAAAUGUAUGAAUUAAACGAAGUACCACCUAAUUUGUUUACUAUCAUGCUGAAAGCAUUUCAACGGCAAUCACUCAUGGGUUGCUCAAUCGAGGCUGAUCCGAGUGUCACAGAAAUGGAAACACCACAAGGAUUGGUUAAAGGUCAUGCAUAUAGUAUUACAAGGGUAACAUAUGUGGACAUAACAACGCCUAAUACCACUGGUAAAAUACCAUUGCUCAGACUCCGAAAUCCGUGGGGUAAUGAGGCAGAAUGGAACGGACCAUGGAGUGAUAAAUCACCCGAAUGGAGAUUUAUAUCUGAAUCGGACCAGCAAUCAUUAGGCUUAACAUUUGAUGCUGAUGGCGAGUUUUGGAUGUCGUAUAAAGACUUUGUCAAAUAUUUUUCCCGUUUGGAAAUUUGCAAUUUAAAUCCUGAUGUUCUAACCAAAGAGCAACUAGGCGAGGACUCCAACAAGAGAUGGGAAAUGAGUGUAUUUGAAGGUGAAUGGGUUCGAGGUGCAACUGCUGGUGGAUGUAGAAAUUUUCUAGAUACAUUUGCUAGUAAUCCACAGUAUCGUAUUACGUUAGAAGAUCCUGACGACGAAGAUGAAGAACGAAAGUGUACAGUAAUUAUUGCUUUGAUGCAAAAGAAUAGACGUGCUCAGCGAAAGAUAGGAGCUGAGUGUUUGACAAUUGGAUUCGCUGUGUAUCAACUUAUCAAUCCAGAUUCAUUGCCAAAACCAUUAGAUCAAAAUUUUUUUAAGUAUACUGCGUCCAUUGCAAGAAGUCCUACUUUUAUUAAUUUAAGAGAAGUCAGUAGUAGAUUUAGUCUACCUCCUGGUACUUAUUGUAUUGUGCCUUCUACGUUUGAUCCCAAUGAACAAGGUGAAUUUUUACUCAGGGUAUUCUCAGAACAUGAAAAUAACAUGGCGGAACUUGACGAUGAAGUUGGAAUGGGUGAAGUUGAUAUUAAGAUUAAAGAACAGGAACCAGAGCCAGAUAAAGUUGAUAAGGCCAAUGAGAAGAUCAAAGAGUUCUUCCUUAAAUUGGCUGGUGAAGAUCAAGAAGUUGAUUGGAUGGAGCUUAAAGAUAUUUUGGAUUAUGCUAUGAGAAAUGAUGUGGCAAGUAAUACAGCUUCUGGAGAUAAUAUACUUCUCAACUUGCUUCAAACAUUCUGUGAGGCUUUCUGUCAAGGAUCGCCAUUAGCCUCAACAUUUAAUAUGGAAAAAGCUGGAUUUUCCAAAGAUGUAUGUCGUAGUAUGAUUGCUAUGAUGGAUUGGGAUCGAUCAGGAAAACUCGGGUUUGAAGAAUUUAAAAGCCUUUGGAUUGACAUUAGACAGUGGAAGAUUGUAUUCAAAAUGUACGAUAAAGAGAGCCAAGGUUACAUUAAUGGUUUCCAACUAAGGCAAGCAUUGAAUUCAGUUGGUUACCAUCUCAAUACGCAUAUUCUUAAUAUUAUGUGUCAUCGGUAUGCCACCAAAGAUGGAAAUAUUAUGUUUGACGAUUUUAUCAUGUGUGCUGUAAGACUAAAGACUAUGAUAGAUAUGUUCAAAGAACGUGAUCCUGACAACAAAAAUAUUGCCUCUUUUACGAUGGAAGAAUGGGUUGAAAAAACAUUGUAUUCAUAGGUUUUAUUUAACAUUGAUUAUUACUUUAAGAGUUAUUACUUAUUUUUAAAAACAAUUUUUAUUUUAGACAUAGGUUAU